AAGCUGAAACUUGCGUUCCCGAAUAAGGAAUUACCAGAACACUAAAAUAUCAUCGGGACAAGCCAACAAAUCAAGGAUACGAACAACAUGCUUGUCAUUAAACUUAGCCGGAAGAUGGAACUCAGCAAAAGCAGGACACAAAUCCAUCUACUUAACAACCCGAUAAACCGCACAGAACACCUAUAGGGUCAACCACCCACUCCAACUAAUUACAAACCCAGCCACAUUCAAGGCUCAACAACCAAAAAACAACCAAAGAGUCAAAGACCCAAAACAACACACCGUAAAAAACCAACCAAACUGAAGAAAACUAAACUUAAUUAACUAAGCAAUAUAGAACAGCCACCACCUCACCUAUAGGCUCCCGGGAAAAAUGGCGAGAACGAUUCGAAACAAACUCGGAUUUACUCAGUUGGUAACUCGGUCAAACAUUCUAGGGUUCAAUUUAGGGCUAAUAUCAUGCAAAAGUAGGAGAUUGUUGGAAACCCUAGCAUUUGAUGAAGUAAGAUCUUCGAAUGCAAUUGAUAAGCCGUCUGAUUGUACUGCAUUCAUUCUUCAUGGCCUUUUGGGUUCCGCAAGAAAUUGGCGAUCAUUUGCUCGCAAUCUUUCUUCUUAUCUCUCUACUAAUUCCUCCUCUGAAUGGAGAUUGGUGCUUGUUGACUUAAGAAAUCAUGGGAAUUCAGCUGCGGUGCAAGAUCUUCGCCCACCACAUGACCUGGACAAUGCUGCUGCUGAUUUGGCUAAUCUAGUGAAAUCUCAAGGUUGGGAUUGGCCUGAUGUUGUUAUAGGGCAUUCCUUGGGUGGCAAGGUUGCAUUGCAGUUUGCUCAGGGUGGGUCUAGUGGAGAUUAUGGUGAUUCCAUAUCAUUGCCAAAACAGUUAUGGGUACUGGACUCGGUUCCUGGAGUCGGGAAUCCUGAAGACAGUAGUGGAGAAGUAGAGAAAGUAUUGGAGACCUUGCAAAGUCUUCCUUCACAAAUCCCUUCUAGAAAGUGGCUUGUGGAACACAUGAUAAAGCUGGGGUUUUCAAAGUCAUUGUCGGAGUGGCUAGGCACCAAUUUAAAGAAAUCUAAUGGCCAUGAGACAUGGGCAUUCAACCUCGAAGGUGCAUUUCAGAUGUUCAAUUCUUACAGGGAGAAGGACUACUGGCCUCUCCUAGAGAACCCUCCAAGAGGAAUGGAAAUUUCAAUUGUACAAGCUGAGAACAGUGAUAGAUGGGAUCCAUGUGUUAUACAGAGGCUUGAAUCUCUUAUUAGGAAGGAAAGAGAUGGAUCUGAGGGGAAAUUUUCUCUUCAUGUUCUUCCUAAUGCUGGGCAUUGGGUUCACGUAGAUAAUCCAAAGGGACUCUUGGAGAUUAUUGCUCCCAGGAUUGCUUCGUUGAAAUAAGGCUAUAUGGAGGAUAAAGAAAGUUCUUGGUGUCUUCUACAACAAUUUAUCGGUAGCUAUUCUGGUUUAAAAAAUUUCUCCCAUCCAGUCUUUUCCAAUUGACUGCAAAGGUGUGCAUGAGACAAAAUAAUUACAAAACCAAGUUCUAAGUUGCCAUGUGUAAUGAAGCUUUUCGUUGAUUUGUCAGCAAUAAUAUCUAAUUAAUGCUGUUAGUGGGUUCUAUGCUGUGCAUUGUAAAAUUGACUGGUUAAGAGAAAUUUCUAGCAUUUGAUUAAACAAAUUCGACAUUCAUUUCAUUAAUAAAUAUACUUUUCGGAUG